AUGUCCACCUCGGCCCUUCACUCCACCUACCUCCCCUACCUCCCCUCCCCUACCGUAACCUUCAAGCCCAUCCUAGCAUCAUUCCCACAGCCCACAGCUACGCCAACAACCCUCAUCACUACAGUUGUCAGACUCGUCCCCCGAGCCGUCACCACCAUAUACGUCACCCAGAGCCCCUCGGCCUCUGCAAGCCCAGACAAUCCCAAGCUCCGCGACCCCGUCUACGGCGACCUGACCUGGUCCUACAUCGUCCUCCUCUGCGUCCCCUUCAUCUUCCUCGGCAUCGCCCUCUUUACAAACUACCUGGAACGCCGCCGCCGCAUCAGGGACAAGGACGUCGACAUUGAGAUGCAGACCUUCCAACGAUAUUGGUUCCCCUGGCGCGAUCUCGGUAAGAACGAGGUCCCGAAUGAGGUAAGUGAAAGCCCGUCUUCUGAUGUUACUUCUCUCCCCUUUGAUGCCCGAGGUGGCGAUGGUCGUGGUGGUAUUUCUGCUGCUACUGCUGCUGCUGUUGCUGCUGCUGCGACUGGUAGCGGCAGCACAUUCCCUGGCAUCUUCCUACUUGGAGAGCACCCUCGUCGCAGAAAUCGUCGAUGGGAAGCGUGGCACCCCAGUGACAAGACCCAGAUACCUCCAAUCACCCUCUACGACGAUCCUCCCUCCUGGGGCCGACGGCACUUGUGGUCCGAAGUCAUGGUCUACCCUUCCCACCUGAACCCCCUCGCUCGUCGCAAAACCCCCAAGCUCGACGACAGCUCCUCUCCUGUCAGCCCGAGCGCUACUGCCCCGAGAACCACUCCUCCGAAGACCGGUCUACCUGUAAUCGAAGAGGGGAAACUCGCAGAGGGCGACAUCACCAGCGCGCCAAGGCAGCUUCGAUUCGCAGAGAGCACCACCCGCAACAUCGAUCCUCAUCAACCCGGACCAGGACCAGAACCAGAUACUAACCCACCACCCGCCCAGAUCUACGGCCGCACCGGCACCCGUCGCCACUGGGGCCACGAAGACGAUCACCCCCGUGAGAACACGAACCCGGCAGACGCGGCAGACGCAGCAGUCACAGCAGACGACGACGACGACGACGACAAUAACACAGACGCCGACUCCACCACCGCACAGAUAGGCCUCCGCUCCCCAACCGACCUCCCCAUCGUCCGCGUCCACAGCGCCUUCGCCACGCCCCGGAGCAACUUCACCACCGCCAGCAGCAGCAACAACAGCACCUGGGCAGCGGGCCACAUCCCCUCUUACUACGACACCUCCCCAGCAUCCAUCCAGCCACCGUCCAGCGCGUCUCCUUCUCCUGCUGCUGCUGCUGCUGGUGCUGGUGCUGCUGCUCUUGCUAUCACCGCGGCUCCCCGUCGACCGCCAGCACAGGCGGCAGCAAAAUCAUCCAACGCCAACUCUGACGGUGUCUCCCCGCUAUCCAGCGCAAGAUCCUCCGCCAUUCGCCGUCGAACCCCCGACACCGUCUCCAGCAUAUCCACCUCGGACUCCCCACCCCGCGUCGGCAGCUCGGCCUGGCGCGCGGCCUUCCGCUCCACAUCCCCAUCCGACUCUGAAGACGAGGGCGGCGGCGGCAACAGCGAGGCCUCUGCUUCUUCUGCUGCUGCUGUGACACUUCCCGCCGGAACAAACGAGACCGCAGCCAAGGACAAGGGCAAGGGCAGGUCCAAAUCCAGAGCCGACGACGUAGUCGUAGUCGGAGCCAAGCCCGACAUCAACGCCAAGAGAAAAGACACAUGCAUCUGCAAAGGCAAUGGCAAAGCCACAUAUAGCGCCAGUGGCGGUGCGGUCGUCGCUGAAUCAUCCUCCUCCUCCUCCUCCUCCUCCUCCUCCUCCUCCUCCUCUUCGUCAUGUUCAGCCUGCCCUCGGCACCCGAGCCACAACGGCGCCGUCGUCGGGACAUCCCAGUCCACCAAGCAGCAGCCCACCGCGGCAACGGACGUCCGUGGUCCGGCGAACAAGGCCCAUCGCAGAUCAGUCACUGCGUGGCCCCGUGUCUACUCUGGCUGCGACCCGGUGGGAUGA